UUGACACAGACGAAAUUUGUAUCGACUCACGAAUUGAGUUAAAUACAGGUCAAAUACAAAACUUCUCGGCUGGAACUAAUAAACAGGGCAUAAAAGUUAGGUGACACCGGUCGAUAUUUUGGCGGGAAAGAUUGACAUGGCGUCGAAACUUAAAGUCGAGUUGAUGAACACUUUCAAGAUGCACGGCUUGACACUUCGCGGUGAAGCCAGUAAAUUUCUUUUGGAACAUUUGGAGACUAUGAAAGCAAGUAAAAGAAUGCAGAUGAUUGACAAAAUUUUGGAGAAUAUAAUGAAGCAACCUUUGACAUCAUCUUUGAUAGAUAGAUUUACUUGCAUGACUGCACUGCAGGAAUGUGUUGCUGGUGAUGAACACGAUGGAGAAAAUGCCUUUAGUGUGAUUGAUGCAUUUUCAGUGCCAAGAUACACUUAUGCUGAUGAACGGAAAAAAUUCAUUUUAAACCAAGAACUCGGCUUGUCACCACCCCUACUUCAUGGACAACCAGCUGACCUCGGGAAAUUGUUUAAGGAUCGUUAUAUGUUACUCUAUCAGAGAACUAUGCGCCAUCAUCUAUUUACACCACCAGCCAUUGGAAACAUGGAUGAAAAUUCUCAAAAAUUUCAGCUGAAACCGAUCGAGCACCUUCUGGGUACAACAUCUAAAGUUGGAGAACUCAUUGUUCUUGGGAUGCUGACACAGCUGAAAGAGGGGAAAUGGUACCUUGAAGACCCAAGUGGCUCAGUCCUUAUUGAUCUCACUGGAGCAAGUUUCCACACUGGACUUUUCACUGAAAACUGCUUUGUACUAGCUGAAGGUUGGUAUGAAGACAGCAUCUUCCACGUGACGGCAUUUGGCUUCCCACCACCUGAACCUGCCUCCGUUACCAGGUCCUAUUUUGGCAACAUCAACUUUUUUGGAGGUCCUCUCAAAACCUGUGCUAAGGCUUCAGACAAGCUACGUCACCUUGAAGUCGAAAAUCAAGAGUCCAUGUUUGUCUUUCUGUCUGACGUUUGGUUAGAUGAGCCAAAAGUGGUCGACAAAUUAAAGGUGUUGUUUAGUGGUUAUUCUGAACACCCCCCUGUUGCAUUUGUGUUUUGUGGUAACUUCACGUCACUGUGUCACCAGGCCAAUCACACUAAAAUACUUCGAGAAUCGUUUAUUGAAUUGUGUGAUAUAAUCUGCAAAUACCAGAAUCUUAAGGACUGUUGUAGGUUCAUAUUUGUCCCUGGUCCAUUGGACCCAGGACCUACAAACAUACUUCCUCGACCUGCGAUUCCCAACUCUAUCACAGAAUAUUUCCGGAAGAAAAUCCCUCAUGCAAUAUUCACCAGCAAUCCUUGUCGGAUCCAAUACUGCACACAAGAGAUUGUUGUCUUUCGAGAAGAUAUUGUUACCAAGCUUUGUCGCAGCUGUAUCAGAUUCCCUACCUCUGGUGAUGUACCUACUCAUUUUGCUAAAACUAUAGUGUCCCAGGGUCACCUCUGUCCACUACCACUUCAUGUAUGUCCAGUUUAUUGGGCCUAUGACUGUGGCUUGCAACUCUAUCCCUUGCCAGAUCUACUUGUAUGCGCUGGCAAAUACGAUGGUUUCACAGUAAAUUCUCUUGACUGCAUCAUAACAAAUCCCGGAUCCUUUUCACGGUCAAAUUUCUCCUUUAAAGUUUAUAUUCCGAGUACGAAACAAAUGGAGAACAGCAAGAUAGAAUGAAACCAGGUUUUUAUCCGAGUUGUCUACAAGCAUUUGUCUGAUACUUCACAGCAGCAGGGAAGUUUCUGGAAUCCCGUUUGUUAUUGUUUUGUUUUGUUUUUUUUUUUUUUUCCUUUACUUUUCAAAUGCCGUCUGUUGUGUAAUAAGGUUUAUAACCUUUAUGACUACAAAUUUUGCAUGCUCCAUUUCUGUAUAAGACACGCACAAACCCUGCCAGGCUGGCAAGAUUUUCGGUCCUGAUUCAUGGUUGAAUUUUGCGUGUUAAAAAAUGCACUUGUGUGUUAGUUUAAUUUAAAUUUUGAAAAUUUUUCCACUAUUCUAAUGAUAAAAUCCUCUCUUACCCUUCUUCAGCCCUCUUUCACCUAAUUAACCCCCUCCCCCACUCCUAAAAAAUAUUCCUAUAAUUAUCCCCAUUCCUCUUAUUCCCACCACUUUA